CCGGGACAUGUUCAUUCACGUUCAAACACACACAUCCCACCACACCUGAAGUUACAAGAAGUCACACUUGGUUAUCUCUGCGAUUAAGUGGAUAUAACACUGGAGAAAGAUUUCACCUUGAUCACAAAAGUCAGCUUCACAUUGUGUGCAAAAGACCAUCAUGAUAAAAAGAAUCAUUUGUUCCUGUGGAGUUGGGACGCGCGUUUUCAACUGGUUUUCCAUCAUGUGGUUCACCCUGGCAAUUGCCACCACGGAUAUUUAUCUGAAGACGACCCCCAACAAGGUGGCCCGCUGUGGGGACAACGUAACGCUGACAUGUGAUGCCAGCUCUUACAUGUUGUUGGAUGUUAAAUCAUUUUCCUGGACCGGUCAAAACAAAACAUUAUGUGACACUAUGGUCAACAUGGACUCUGCCGUCGGGUGCCAGAAGGAAACUCACGGAUCCGUCCAUAAACUCACUCUGAGACUCUUCAACAUAAUGCCCAUCCACCAAGGAAAAUACGUCUGCAAAUUUCGCUCACAGGUCGGGGUAAACUACAGCAUCAGUUUUAUCAGCGUACAAGACUGCCUUGGAAGUCAAAACUAUUUUGUUAAUGAGUCCGUGGCAAGCUGCUGGUUCCACGGAGUUUACAGCCAGGGUGAAAUCCACUGGUUCAACGGAGAUAAGCGCUUACCUUCACUCAGCUCAAAGGAAGACUUUGACCAAUAUGGACGCUACAAUAUCUUAAGCUCAAUAAAAGCGCAAGACAGCACAGGAAACCAAAUUUACAACUGCUCGUUAUGGAUUACCCAGCUGAAGAAAUAUGUCUCGUUUCAACAGGUGGUCAUGGUCAAACAUUCACGAAAUUCAUCCGAGAGCAAAUUCAAACUACAGUGGCUCUGUAUGACGUUGCGUGUCGUAUUGGUGACACUUAUCCUGUCAUGAUACAAGCAAGUUUGAAUUUACCAAUGAGUGUUUUAUGGUCAGAUUUUUUUCAGAAUGUGUGUUUUGUAUAUAUACUGUAAAUACAUGUUUUUUUUUUUUUUGCAGAAGCCACCAUUUGCCACUGAAUGCUAAUUCCUUCAAAGUCACAGGAAGCAGUUUGAGUUUGUUUUUAAAAAAAUAUAUUUCUUUAAUGUUACUAAAGUUUGCAACAAAUACACAAAAACAAAACACCGGCCUUGAUUUUUCCACUGUCAAUGCAAUUUUCCCAGAAAUGAAAAUAAAAACUUGAAAAAUAUACAAAAAA